AUGUGGGAAAUUGAAGAGAUUUGUUUUUUAAUUGCUGAGAGAAAGAGCCAAAAUAGCAAAUACCACCAGACAUUCAAAAAACUUCGGUUUUGGUUAAGUGUUGCAAAACGCUUAAAUCGUCACUUUAAUACCUCCUAUACAAGUAAUCAAUGCAAGGGAAAACUCCAACAGCUUAUUAAGGAAUAUAAUCUAAUGAGAUUGUAUUGUACUGGAAAUGGGAGCCAAAGUACACUUUUAAGCUGGUUAUUUUUUGAGGAAUUUCGAACAUUAUUUUGGCUUAGGCCAAGUGAUAGAAACAAUUAUGAAUGCGAAUUAAAUAUGUCGCACAAUCACCAGCAACGACAACCUUAUUUUUCUGAACUGAUUUCUCAACCACCAUCACCAUCACCAUUCUCCAAUGAGGGCAAAUCCAAAUCAAAAUGCCAUGGUUUAAUUUACAUUGUAGUUUAA